AUCAGAUGGCCGGUCCUUCACUUCACCUUCACCUUCAACGAGCGAGCAAGCCAUGCAAUUUCCCUCUCUGUUUCCAGGCCGAAGCUCGUCCUCUGAAAUUCGGCAAUUCAUGGAGCUUAUCCUCUAUUAAGAGUGGUAGCUUGUUUGAUAUUGACGAGUUGUACACUGAAGCAAUGAAGACUAGUGGAGGCCCGAGUCCAGGCGGAAAGGGUCACAGCUUCACCACUUCCCAAACUCUUGAGGGGAUCAAAAAUGAAGGUCCGAGCUCAGGAGGAAAAGGUCAUGCCUUCACAACUUCUCAGACUCUUGGAGGGAUCAAAAAUGGAGGUCCAAGCUCGGAAAGAAAGGUUCAUGCCUUCAUCAAUUCUCACACUGUUCUAGGACUUGGAGAGAUCAAAAGGACUGGUCCAAGCGACGGAGGCAGUGGAAAUUAGCAACACUAAUAAUUUAUUAUCUUCCCUUCUCUUUGAUUAAUUCAGUAGUUCAUUUCUUUUAUAAAUUGAGUGAGGUACAAUAAUAUAAUAGCUAGCUAUACUCUGUUAGGUCGAUCAAGACUAGGAACUAGUUCAAUUUGUUUGCAACGAGUUUCCCAUAUUUUAGUCGUGCAUUUCUAGCUCAUGCAGCAAUAUUUAAUCAUACAUUAAUUCUCUCUUCAUGAUUUAGUAAUAAAUCUUGAUUUCAAUUCCACGCCAUUACUUGUAAGGGGAAAAUGCAGUUAAUCGGGAGAACUCGUGGGGUUUGCCUAGUCUUAUUUA